AUGGUUCUAGGGUUGAGAGGAAAGAACAGGAGAAGUGCCACAGUUCAAAUUGAUUACCUUAUUCAUAUUCAGGAGAUUAAGCCUUGGCCCCCAUCACAAUCUCUAAGAUCCCUUCAAUCUGCAUUGAUAGAAUGGAAGAAUGGUGAAUGUGCAUCAGGUUCUACCAAUCUUGUUUCCCCUUCACUUGGUUCUGUUUUAGGUGAAGGUAGAAUAGAAUUCAAUGUGUCAUUUAAACUUCCUGUAACUUUGAUGCGGGAUAUGAAUGUAAGAGGUGGUGAUGCUGAUGUGUUCCAAAAGAAUUGCUUGGAGUUCAACUUGUAUGAGCAGCGAAGAGAAAAGAUUGUUAAAGGUCAGUUGUUGGGGACUGCCAUUGUAGAUUUGGCAGAUUAUGGGAUACUUAAAGAGACAUUGAGCAUUAAUGCACCUAUGAACUGCAAGAGGAGUUACAGAAACACAGAUCAGCCACUUUUGUUCAUUAAAAUUCAGCCUGUUGAAAAGAAUCGCGCUAGCCCCUCAUUGAAGGAUAGCUUUUUGAAAGAAGUGUUGAAGGACAAUAUUGGUGGUGGUUCUGUAUCUACACUGAUGAAUGAAGAAUAUGCUGAGGAAUCUGAGAUUGCCUCUUUUACUGAUGAUGAUAUCUCCUCACAUUCAUCUGUGGUGGCAGUUUCUACUUUCCUUGAGUCUAGUGGGUUUAUACCUUCUAAAUUGGAUGAGAAUGGACCAAAAGGACCAAUUCGAAACACUGGUAUGAAUGACAAGGAACAUCCCUUGGUUUCAAAAACAAGGCUUGUAAACAAGAAUAUGAUGCAACAAGAUGCAUACAAGAAACUUGAGAGGAGUUCAACUUACAUGUCAUCAAUGGAUGUACCUUCUGUUCUUGAAAGUUCAGUAAAUGGUCAUGCUUCUAACUCUCCUAAUCGUAAUUCAUUGUCAACCCAAAAGCAUGUUGCUUCACCUUGUGCCUAUUCUUCUUCUCCAUCUUCAUCUUGUGACAAUUUAUAUGUAACUUCUAGGAGUAGCACAAGAAGCAAUGAUAAUGAAAAUUUGGAUCAGAAUUUUCAUGAAAAGGUGGCUAAUUGUAGAAAUAUAGUUACAGAUGUUCAAAGAAACAGUAACAAAAGUACUUUUAAUAUUUAUUCAGGGAACACAUCAUCUCAAGAUAAUUUUGAUACUUCUGAAUGUAAUGACAAAUUAAAUGGGACAUAUAAGGAAACUGACAAAUACUUUGUGAAGGAGGGAGGAUGUGAUAAAAUUUACAGUGGUUCUGUUGAGGACAUACAUGGAAAUGAAAAUUCUAAUUUGGAAAGACAAAACUGCAUGGAAGAUGAACAAUUGGUAGCUCAAGGUGCCAAAGAUCAAGUCUUUUUGGGUGGCACUGCAUAUUCUUUUGGUGGGUCAAAUAUUGGCAAGCAGGGCAAUAUUCCAAAAAGUGAAAGAUCAAAGAGUAUGAAGUCUGCAAGAUCUCCAGAAGACUCAACUAGGAAUUGUGGAAUGCUAGGAAGCAAUCAUCAUGCUGAAGUAAACGAAAAUGGCAUUCUUGGAGAUGCACAAAACAGUGGAGGGAAUAGCAGAAGCAAUGACAAAAGAGCUGCUAAGAUUUAUCCAAAGGAAGCAAGAAAUGCUAGUUUAGAUGGCAAAAUUGAGCAUUUGGAAAAGAAGGUAAAGAUGCUUGAAGGAGAGUUAAGAGAAGUCGCUGCUAUUGAGGCUGCUUUAUAUUCAGUAGUUGCUGAGCAUGGAGGCUCUAUGAGUAAGGUCCACGCCCCAGCUCGGCGCCUUUCCAGGCUGUAUCUUCAUGCUUGUAAAGAAAAUAUUCAAGGAAGAAGGUCUGGGGCAGCUAAAAGUUCUGUUUCAGGAUUAGUACUUGUUGCAAAGGCAUGUGGAAAUGAUGUCCCAAGGUUAACCUUUUGGUUGUCUAAUACUAUAGUGUUGAGAACAAUUAUAAGCCGAACCACCAAAGAUUUGGUUCCAUCAAAUCCUAGUGGAUCAAGUAGGAGAAGGAAAAGUGAGGGACAGGGGUAUGGCAAGAUAGCAACAUCUUCACUAAGGUGUAAGGGAUUCUACCCUGGAAAAAAUGAAAAUACAACAUUAGGGUAUGGAGGUUUUGGUAACUGGGAUGAUCCCCAUGUAUUCACAUCAGCACUGGAAAAGGUGGAAGCUUGGAUCUUCUCUCGCAUUGUAGAAUCUAUCUGGUGGCAGACUCUUACUCCACAUAUGCAGCCUAUUGAUACAAAGUUGACUUACAAAGAAGUGACUUCUGCCUCAAGGAGAAGCUAUAAAAGGAUAUCUAGCUCAUGUGAUCAAGAUCAGGGUAACUUGUCACUAGAUAUUUGGAAGAAUGCUUUUAGGGAAGCCAGUGAAAGACUCUGUCCUAUUCGAGCCGGAGGGCAUGAGUGUGGCUGUUUGCCUAUGCUGCUUAGAUUGAUAAUGGAGCAGUGUGUUGCGAGAUUAGAUGUGGCUAUGUUCAAUGCUAUUCUUCGUGAGUCUGCUGAUGAAAUCCCAACUGAUCCUGUAUCUGAUGCGAUUAGUGAUCCCAAGGUUCUCCCCAUUCCACCAGGGAAAUCAAGCUUUGGAGCUGGUGCACAGCUAAAAACUGUGAUUGGGAACUGGUCUAGAUGGUUAACUGACCUAUUUGGAAUGGAUGAAGAUGAGUCACUUGACGAUAAAGAUGACAUUGGUAACAAUGAAAAGGGACAAAAUACACCCUUCAAGUCCUUCAGUCUUCUUAAUGCACUAAGUGAUCUUCUGAUGCUUCCUAAGGAUUUGCUCUUAAGUGCAUCCACCAGGAAAGAGGUAUGCCCGAUGUUUAGUGCACCACUUGUCAAGAAGAUUCUAAACAAUUUUAUCCCAGAUGAGUUCUGCCUUGAUCCUGUUCCUGCUAUUGUUUUUGAAGCUCUAGACUCAGAGGAUAGAAAGGAAUCUGUCAACAGCUUCAUAUGCAAUGCAGAUCCCAUUAUCUAUUCACCACCACAAGCAACUUACAUUGCAAGAAUUAUUGGGGAUAUGGGAAGCAAAUCUCAGCUAAGAAGAAGCACAUCUUCUGUUGCCAGGAAGUCAUACAUUAGUGAUGAUGAGCUUGAUGAAUUAAAGUCCCCAUUAUCUUCAAUAUUCUUCACUAAUUCAUCAACCUCAGCAGUUUCAACAAAAUCCAGCCUGAAUUUGAAAGAAAUUCACAAUGAAUGUCCUCUCAGAUAUGAACUCCUCAGGGAUGUGUGGAUGAACAGUGAGUAG